CGAAUAUUAAUUAAAAUAAUUUUAACUUUCCUUUUGUGUUCAUCUUCUUCUCCCCCUUGGCUCUCUCUCUCUUCUCUCCACGGAAGAGAAAAGUAGAUCUAUCUUUGACGGCUCUCUCUUCAAUCCUCUUCACUCCUUUGGCUAUGUUGUCGUGUCUGAUCUGAUACUGGUUCCCGUUUGCCUAUCCCUGUUUUGGGUUUGGUCCGAACAGACUAAGAAAGCUUCCUGUUUUGGGUCUGGUCGGAAUAGACAAAGAGAGCUUCCUGUUUUGGGUUUGGUCGGAAUAGAUCAAGGAAACUUCCCGUUGUGGGUUUGGUCGGGAUAGAUUAAGAAAGCUUCCUGUUUUGGGUUUGGUCGGAAUAACCCAUCACUGAGUGUAUGGAAGAAGCAAAGUAGAUGUUCUUGUAAGGAAAAGACAGCACCUUUGUUUCAUUUUGUGGAUAAAGUUAAAGUCUUUGCUUUGUGUAGUCUCUGAUCAGGAUGGUAGGAAGAGAGGAUACAAUGGGUAACGAGGAACCUCCUCCUCCUCCUGGUUCCAAAAGAAUGUUCUGGCGUUCCGCCUCUUGGUCCGCUUCACGUACUGCAUCAUCACAAGCUCCUGAGGAGGACCCACACCUAACCAUCCCCUCUGGUCAGCAGAGUCGAAGUAGAUGCGCAGGAGCUCCUCCUCUAACACCUCGCUCACACCACAACAAGGCUAGAGCUUGUCUACCUCCACUCCAGCCUCUUUCCAUUUCGAGAAGAAGCUUAGACGAAUGGCCUAAAGCAGGGUCAGACGACGUCGGCGAGUGGCCUCAUCCGCCAACAACCCCUAGCGGCGGCGGCGGCAUGAACGAGAGACUGAAGCUUGAUUUAUCGUCAACGCGGGUCCCGGACAAAAGCUCUGGUCUAGUUAAGAGGGAGAAGAUCGCUUGCUUUGAUAAAGAAUGCUCUAAAGUCGCUGAACACAUCUAUGUCGGCGGAGACGCCGUGGCCAAAGACAAGGACAUAUUAAAGAGCAAUGGAAUCACACAUAUACUCAACUGCGUCGGUUUCAUCUGCCCUGAAUAUUUCAAAUCCGAUUUUUGCUACCGGUCGUUAUGGCUGCGAGACAGUCCCUCGGAGGAUAUAACCAGCAUCCUCUACGACGUCUUCGACUACUUCGAAGACGUCAGGGAGCAGAAGGGAAGGAUCUUCGUCCACUGCUGCCAAGGAGUCUCCCGCUCCACCUCCUUGGUGAUAGCCUACUUGAUGUGGAGAGAGGGGCAGAGCUUCGACGACGCGUUUCACUACGUGAAGUCAGCUCGAGGCAUAGCGGAUCCCAACAUGGGCUUCGCCUGCCAGCUGCUGCAGUGCCAGAAGCGCGUCCACGCGUUCCCUCUCAGCCCCACUUCCUUGCUUAGAAUGUACAAAAUGUCUCCACACUCUCCUUACGACCCUCUCCACCUCGUCCCGAAGCUGCUGAACGACCCGCGCCCCUCGAGUUUGGACUCGAGGGGCGCGUUCAUCUUGCAGCUGCCUUCCGCGAUCUACAUUUGGGUCGGGAGGCGGUGCGAGGGGAUCAUGGAGAGAGAUGCUAAAGCUGCUGUUUGCCAGAUUGCUCGGUACGAGAAAGUGGAGGCUCCCAUCACGGUGGUUAGAGAGGGAGAGGAGCCUGGCUACUACUGGGACGCGUUCGCGAGCAUCUUGCCUUCUAUGAUUGCAGCAAGCUCUAUUGGUAAAACUACUCAAACGGGGGAGAGGAGAGUGGAAGCUUAUAAUCUUGAUUUCGAUAUUUUCAAGAAAGCAAUAGAAGGAGGCUUUGUACCGACUCUAGCGUCGUCCAACAACGAGCAUGAGACUCAUCUACCUGCAAGGGAGAACAGCUGGAGCUCUCUGAAGUGCAAGUUCGCGUCGAGGUUCGAGAGAGGGUUUCGUUAUGUCUCCAAGACGCCGCUCUCAAGAGUCUAUUCUGAUUCGAUGAUGAUCGUUCACGCGUUAGGCUCGCCUUCUUCGUCAACAACAACAACAACUUCUUCUGAUUCUGUGUGCAAAGAGAAUUCAAGUAAUAGCAGAAAGACUUUCCCACCGCCUUUGAUAUUGCCUAAGUUCGCCAGCCUGUCUCUUCUUCCUUCCCAGGCUUCUACUGAACCGUCGCCGAGUAGGAAGGCUUCUCCUUCUCUUGCGGAGCGGAGAGGCGCGUUGAAAGGGUCUCUGAAGCUGCCAGGUUUGGCUGAUGAUAGUAGUGACAUUGUCUUCAACUUGGAGGAUGUUAGAAAAGAUGACAAGAAUGUAGAAUCAGGACGUGGCCAGGCUUUAGCGUGCAGGUGGCCAAGUAUGGAGAUGAUUACAGAAGUGAGCAGAGGUUACUUAGAUUCAGAAUCUGUUAUAGCAAUUCUGUUGCCAAGUGGUGAUGAUCUAGGAGAAACUGUUAGUAGGAUUUUGUACAUGUGGAUAGGAAAGUCAUUCUCUUUAGAUAACAACUCUUCUGUGUUAGAUAGCAACAAAGCGAUAGACAGUGUGGAGGAUCUUAAUUGGGUACACAUUGGUGAAGCCAUUUUGUCUCAGAUGGACUUGCCUAAAGAUACUCCUAUGAAGAUAGUUAGAGAAGCUGAGGAUCAAACUGAGUUUCUUGCGCUGCUAAGUGCGCUUUAGCACCUGCACGCAAGUUCAACACAUUUACUCUUCUGCUUCUUUUGUCCUUUUCCUUUCACAUAUUCCUUCCGCCAACACGUUUCAGUUAAGAGUAUUCAGAUCAGCGGGUCUCUCUCUCUAUCUGGGGUUAUGGAAGUUGAAGUUGAGAGAAAACAACUCUCAUGUACAGCUGGGGAAACUUCUUCCAUAGACAUUGUAAUCGUCAAGGAGCCAUGUAUUAGCAAUGUUAUAAUCAGAUAAAAGUGUAAGGUUUAGGGGCUCUAGGAGAGUUUUAGAUUAUUAAUGGACUUCUUCUUACAAUGUUAUCAUAUACUCUCUCUCACCAGUUGGUAGACCUCCUUUUAUGUUGUUUCAAGACUUCCAAGUAAAGUACACUAAAGUAGGUUUUGAAUUCUGGUUGAAGUGUAAUACAAGAGUUAGUUUAUUACCGUUUAAACCGUUCA